AUGAGUUUUUCCAAGAUACCUAUUCCAACUUUCGAUGAGUAUGAUCCGUCAGUGCCUGUGGUACUUCCACACGAGAAUGUUUAUUCGAUUCAAGUAGGGUACAAGCUAUUCCGGCUAAGUGGUUUAUCGUUGUCGUUUGAUUCACCAUCGUUUUUCACCAGAUUCUUUAGCGAGCCGGAGAAUUCAGACAAGGUGUUGUUUAUUGAUAGAAGCCCUCAAGUAUUUGAGAAGAUUUAUACCCAUCUACAGGGAUACUCGGUUAAUAUUGAAAAUGAUUUUGAAUUCACAAAUCUUUGGUGCGAUGCUUUUUACUUUGGGUUAUCAGGAUUAAAGAAAAUACUUACUGAGCAAGAUUACUUUGCUAGUAUAGGAAAUGAGAGCUUCAAAAUACCUAGGGCAUUGUUGCAAGGUGAAGGGAACUAUCCAAACUACUUUACAAUCAAUGCGGAACGUUUAUUGUUUGACAAUUUGAGUAUAGUGGAGCGGAAAAACAUGCUUAGACCUCCACCACAGCGACCUCCUAGCGUAAUUGGUCGAUCGUCACAAUUGUUUGCCGAUUUGCUUGAACUUUUGAAGGGCAAUCAACAAGUGAUAAAGAAUGAAGAACACAGAAAGUUACUCUUGAAAGAAGCACGUUAUUAUCGAUUUCUAGAAUUGGAGCAAAGAACUAUACAACAUAAGAUUGUUAACGAUUGUAUCGUGCUAAAGCUUGAAGAUAUAUCUAAAAAGGGUUUGUUCAACGUAUCUCCCGAGGAUAAGAGAAUCGAAUUACCCAUCAAGUAUUCUAGGCCAUUUAUAGAUGAGCCAAAACGUGAUUUGAUUUUUCAAAUAGAGAACAAUACGACCAAUUUGAAAAACUGUGUGUUGUUGUUGAACAAGAGAACUAGCUUGGUGACAGCUCAGUUUCAGGGAGAGAUACGCGCCAGUAUUUUGCAAGUGCUUAGUGGUUAUGUAGAAGGGUUAUUAACUCAUCAAAACUAUAUCGCAUUUUUUGUGGGGUUCAAAAACCUGUACACGGUGAUCAAUGGUCGUGAAAUGAAGCACAAUUGGGUAAAUGAUCUAAUUGGUGCAGAUGGUGUUUUCAACAUGAAUGAUGAUCCAUCAGACUCACAAAAAAAACGAAAGUUAUCAGACAAUGUAAAAGGAGAAAUUAUUGAAAUUUUUUUGAAAAAAUCAAUGUGGAAGUUGCUAAUGAGAGGAAACCUUGCUCGUCUUGAAGCCGUAUCAAUUGUUGGAGUCACAUGUCCAGAUCAAGGACAUGUGGACUUUCUAUAA